AAUUAGUUUGUCCACCCUACAAUUGAAAUGUAAUAACAUACCUGGCUGUGAAUGUACGUUUGUUUUAUCUUAAUAGAGUGAAAACAAAAUCAAUAAGCAAUAUAAAGGAAAACAAAGUAAAACUUUUGGAUUCAAAUUGAACAUCAGAGAUACAAUGGCUCAGAACUUUCAGGGAGUGCAAUCUCCUACUGCCAAGAGUAAUAAUGGUAACGCAACGGAGAAUGUUACACCCGAAAGUGAAUUUGAAGGAUUCCACAACUAUACGGCGGCUGAAGUCUUUAUCCAAGGAUUGGCUGGAUUAGUCAAUCAAGGAGACGUUGAAACUAUGAUAAGAGCCCAAAAGCAAAUGCUACAGCGGUUCGAAAAAACGAAUGAAAUGAUGCUAAACUGUAACCAGUUAUCACAAAGUCGUCUUAAAAAUGCGAAUGAUGAUUUCAAAAAACAUGUGAAACUACUAACUGAAAUGAAAAAGGAUCUGGAUUACAUUUUUAGGAAAGUGCGUUCCAUAAAACAAAAGCUAAGCCAACAGUAUCCUUUAGACUACGCUGAGGCCCAACCUCAACGAAGUAGUUUAGCAGAGGAGGCAGAAGAUGAGACAGAAGCAAAGAGUUCAAAAUCGAAUGUAGAGAAAAAAAGUGUGGAAUGUUGUACUAAUGUUGAUGAUACAUCUUCGAAACCCAUUAGAGAUUCUUUAAAUAAAAGCACCACAGUUGAGUAUGUGCAAAUGGAAGAAGCCGUGGACAAUGGCAAACCCAUUGAAAACGAGUUAAUUAAACGUGUAUGCUCAAUUGAAACGACAAACCCCAAUGACUCCUCAGACGCUACAUCUGAGGACACUGGCUAGGCAAUACUUAAAGUCUAUAUAUGUAAUUUAGUAUUAAAUUAAUGUAUUUUAUUUAAAAUUAGAAUAAGACAAUACAAAUGAUGUAUAAAUCCAUAAAAUAUAAUUUACAAUAUUAUUUGAUA